GGACUCCGGACGGAGAUGCUAUCUAGCUAGUUGAAUUAAUAAGCUAUCAUUGGACCGAAGUGAUGUACAUAGUCGUCCUAUUUCCCCUUUAAUAUACUUACAUAGUAAGUAGGUAUUCUUGUGUCGUACAAUUUUGUCUUACAUUCUUUAUCUCACGCCCUUUGUUUCAUUGCAGCUCAGCAUCCACUAUGUCUGGCACCGUUAUACUCACUGGCGCUAAUAGUUCAGCCGGUUUCCACGCCGUUGAUCACCUUCUCAAAACAUACCCGCAGCAUACUGCUGUUUUUACCGUCAGAAGUGCUGCCAAUACUGAUGUCAAUACCAACAACCUCCGUGAUAUCAUAGCUCGAUAUCCUAAGGCGAAAGCAUCUAUCUAUGAGCUUGAUCUAGCCGACCUUACUGCCGUUCAUGCAUUUGCUACCACUAUCUCGGGGCAGAUUACUAGUGGAUCUUUACCUGCCAUCAAGUCGAUCAUCUGCAAUGCGUUUUACUGGAAUCUUGUCGCUGAUCCUGAACUCACCGUCGAUGGAUAUGAUAAGACUUUACAAGUCGGACACAUCGCUCAUGUAGCAUUAGUCUUACGCCUUCUCAAACAUUUCAGUCCCAAUGGCGGCCGUAUCGAGCUCCUGUCGAGUAUCUCGCAUUAUCGCAAAAAGAGCCCGAUGACGCCAUAUCUUCCCGAAAUUCCUGAUAACAUCGACCUCCUGAUCCAUCCACCGGCGGACCCCGAUAAGCAAGGUAGAGGGGCCCAGAGAUAUGCCAUUUUGAAACUGGUCGUCACUACCUGGAUGUAUCCGCUCAACGAAUAUUUACAAAAGGAUCCCAAGCUCUCCAAGAUCACCGUUGUGGCCAUAAAUCCCGGAAACCUUGGCGACUCCCGCGCUUUUCGAACCAAUGUCCCACUUUCCAUUAGGAUCAUACAGAAAGUCUUAUUCAAACCAUUGAUGCCCUUGAUUCAACGCUUUGCUGACCCGACAUUCCGCACGUCGCGCGAGGCUGGCAUUGAUAUCAUAGAAUUGGGUGUUGCUAAGGCCGAAGAUGGUGAACGGGGUUAUUAUACGCUCCUCAAGAAAGACGAUCCUGACCCCGCCGUGCUGGAUAAGGAGAAGCAGCGCAUUAUAUGGGAGAAGAGCGCCGAGUGGGCUAAAAUCAACAAGGACAAUACCGCGCUUAAAGUCGCGUUUGAAUAGUCUGAGGAUAUUGCUUCGUAAGGGGUAAGGUGAUAUAUUAUACUGGUAACUAGUUAAUGGUAAACUAAUACUUAGGUGGGGUGAGUUUGUGUUGGUGGCAUGGUGCUGGGGGUUUACUCCAAGGUAGCUUUCUUUUAGAGUGAGUAUUAAGAUGACGUCGUUACUAGACUCAUAGUCUCGUUCUGCCGGUGCCAUGAAAAGGGUUGAGCGAGAGACGUGGUCUAUGUAGAAUCAAUUCUAUCUAUAUUUAUGAAGCGGCAAUGGCUCAACUCAAAUUGAAAUUGAAAGAAAAUAAGC